UGGUUUAGCAUAUACAGGUGCUUAGAUCACAUGACCUAGCAUCAGGCUGACACCAGAGGCCUGUUCAGCAGAGCGAACGUUCGCCCAAAUUACUAUUGGAGGUAUAAGGAAUUUUGGGAACGCUCGCUCUGCUGAACAGGACUCAGGAAGUAGAUUGUCAGACAGUCGUUAGCUAUAGGGAGCCAUGUUGAAUUUUACAGCAUCAUAUAGACUUGGACAUGUGAGAAGAAUACUAUAAUGGACCCCCAUUACAGUGCCCAAGACAUCCUCCUUUGUGACCUGUGUCAAACCGCUGGAUUACAGAGUCAUUGUGAACUUUGUCAGAUUAACCUGUGUAAGGCUUGUGUAGGGGAGCAUCUCUCUGAUUCUUCUAAAAGACAUAAUGUUGUACCAUACAAACACAGAAAAUCUACCCCUCACUACCCUAAAUGUCCAAACCACACCCAGAAACAUUGUGAACUUUACAGUGAGAAAUGUGACAUUCCUGUCUGUUCUACCUGCAUCUCCUCUGAUAAACAUCAUGGGCAUAAGUUCACAGAUGCACUGCAAAAACUUGGUUCCAAAACAAAAGGUUUAGAAAAUGACUUACAAGAAUUAGAGAAAAGAAUCUAUCCUGCAUAUGAAGAAAUUUCAUUAGAUCUAAACUCUGAAAAACUUAACUUGGAAAAACAUUAUGAGAAUCUGACAUCAGCUGUCACCAAACAUGGAGAAGACUGGCACAGAGAAAUUAAUGUCAUUGUCAACAAACAGAAAUCUGAAAUUGAUGAGAUGAAAACUAAACACCUGGCUGCUCUAAAUAAACAAGAAAAUGAAAUCAAACAAAUAACUUCUGAAGUAAAACAGUGCAUAGUUGAUCUAAAGAAAAUACUGGACUCCAAUAAUGUCUCCCUAACCUCUGCAUACAAAUCAAGGAAUGCUGAAUUCAGAAGUUUACCUCCUCAGGUCAAUGUUUCAUUACCAAGUUUCUCACCUCAUCAGAUCAACACAGAACAACUCCAUCAAAUGUUUGGUUCUCUGUCAGCAUUAUCCAUUACAACAGAAGAACAUGGCUACACAACGGAGACACCAGAAGCUAUAUCCUGUCCUCCAGUCAAACCACUGCUUGAUGAACCAGAGCUCAACACCACCAUAAACACUGGGUAUGGAUUACUAUACAGUGUGACCAGUCUCAGUGAUGAAGAAAUCUGGACAUGUGGAAAUGACAAAACCCUGAAACUCUACAACAUCAAGGGUAAACUACUGAAGUCAAUCCAAACCAAGUCUGGGAAUGAACUUAGUGACAUAGCAGUGACAAAGAAUGGAAAUCUACUUUAUACUGACCCUGAUACAAGAACUGUAAACAUGGUGAAGAAUGAGCAGAUACAGGAAGUGAUCAGACUACAGGGGUGGAAACCUUUCUAUGUCUGUAGUACGUCCUCUGGUGACCUACUGGUUACCAUGCUCAGUGAUGAUUAUAACCAAACAAAAGUUGUCCGUUACUCUGGCUCCACAAAGAAACAAACCAUUCAGUUUGAUAGUGAAGGUAAACCUCUGUAUUCAUCUAACUACCUUAAGUACAUCAGUGAGAACAGGAACCUGGAUAUCUGUGUGGCUGACAAUGGAGCCAGUGCAGUAGUGGUGGUAAAUCAGGCAGGAAAACUCCGAUUCAGAUACACUGGUCAUCCCUCUACUAACAAGAUAUCAUUUGAUCCAGUCGGCAUCACAACAGACAGCCAGAGUCAGAUCCUGACAGCAGACUUUAACAACCACCGUAUCAACAUCCUAGAUCAGGACGGACAGUUCCUCCGUUACAUUGAUAACUGUGAUCUAUGGCGUCCAUAUGGUUUAUGUGUAGACACCAGAGACAACCUCUUUGUGGCUCAGUGGGAUAGUGGUAAAGUGAAGAAAAUCAAAUACAUGUAAACAAUAUUUUCCCUGUUUGUAAUUAAAAAAAAAUGCUUAAUACUACAAAAUGUGUAUCAUUGUCAUUAGAAGUCUCAGUGACUGCAAAACAAAAUGGGUAAAAACCCAAGGCAUUGAUUAUGUAAAGAUGUAAAAUGUACAAUAUAUGAACACUGGGUAAAUAAAGUUUAAGUCCAUAAA